AUGAACACAGCUGAUAAUCUAUUUAAUAUUUAUCUAUUUAAGAUUAAUCCUGCACCAUCUAGUCCUGUACCUGUUUUAUUUAUUCCUUUUAAAAAUAAUGAAAAAAAAUGUAAUUAUUGUGGAGUUGAAUACUCCAAGACACUUAAAUUUGAACAAAAAUAUUGUAAAAAUUGUUUAUUUCGUUAUAUUAAAUACAUGGACAACGAUGUAUGUUUGAAUAAGUAUGUAAGUACAAGUAAUACUCAUCAGUGUAUUAAACAUAAAGCAACUAGGAAUAAUUUUUGUGCAACAAACAUUCAAGAAUGGUGUGAACAUUGUUCUGAGAUUUUAUACUUUACACACUUAAUCCCAAAUACUUCAUCAUUAAAUAAUUACUCUAAAUAUUGUUCUGGACGAGGAUAUUAUGCAACAAAACUUGAAUAUAAUAAAUUUAAAUUAGUUGAGUAUGGUCAAGAACAUCAUCAUCAAGUUUAUUCUGAAUGGGUAGAAUCAAUUUUAACUAAAAAGUCCAUUCAAAUUUUAUAUUUAUCAUGGUGGGAUAACUUUGAUAAGUGUGUAGUCUGUUUACAAGAACUAAAAUAUAUUCACCAAGAGUCAGUACCUUAUUACCAAAAAUGGUGCCAAAAAUGGUGUUCAAAUUGCUUUAUAAUUUAUACUGGAUGUAGAUAUUGUUUAAUCACAAAUAUUAUUUUUGGAAUUACAAGUCAAUCUCAAUGUAAAAAUUGUAAAAGAAUAUCAUUUAUUAAUAUUGAUAUUACAAAUAUUAACAGUGAAAAUCGUAUCGUAGAUGAUUUUAUUCUUACUUUUACAAAUAAUAAUACAGAUUCAGAUUCAUUAAAGUUUAUUAGAAAAUUAUAUAGUAAUGUGAUAAAAUGUUUAAUAGAAUGGAUUCCAUAUUCUCAAUUUAAAGAUUUAAGAAAAAUAGGAGAAGGAGGAUUUAGUAUUAUUUAUAAAGCAACUUGGUCGGAUGGUAUAAGGAACACUGACGUUGCUUUAAAAAAAUUAUUUAGUUCACAGAAAAUUGGGAAAAAUUUUCUCAAUGAGAUAAAAUCACUUUCUCAAUGUACCGAAAUAAUUGGUUUUCAUGGUAUUACACAAGAUCCUGUAACAAAAGAAUAUAUAUUGAUAAUGGAAUAUGCAAAUGGCGGAAAUUUACAUAAUUAUUUGCAAAAUAAUUUUAUAAAUAUUACGUGGGAAGAAAAAUUACGUAUUUUAAAGAAAAUAUUAUCCGGACUUAAAUCUAUUCAUAAAAAUAAUUUUAUACAUCGGGAUUUUCAUAGUGGAAAUAUAUUAUUAUCAGACCAAUCUUGGCUAAUUGGAGACUUUGGAUUAUCACAACCUGCAAAUAGUACCUCACCAAAUAAUGAAAUAUAUGGAGUAAUACCUUAUAUUGCACCAGAAAUAUUUAAAGGUGCUGCAUUUUCUCAAAAAUCUGAUGUAUAUAGUUUUGGUAUGAUAAUGUGGGAACUUACAACAGGUUGUAAACCUUUUGCUAAUGUCGAGCAUAAUGUUAAUCUAAUUUAUGAAAUUAUUGAUGGAAAACGACCCGAAAUUACAAAUGAUACCCCUGAAUUGUUUGCUAAUUUAAUGAUAAAAUGUUGGGAUUCUGAUCCUUCAAAAAGACCAACUGCUGAUGAAAUAGAAUGGAAGUUUUUAAAUGAAACUGAAUUUAAAGAAGCAUUUAAACAAGCUAAAGAAAAAAGAUUAGAAUUAAGACAAGAAGCAUGUAAACAAGCUAAAAAAAAAAUAUUAGAAUGUGAACAAGCAUUUAAACAAGCAUUUAAACAAGCACUUGAACAAGCUGAAAAAAAAGGAUUAGAAUUAAUGCAAGAAGCAUUUGAACAAUCUGAAAAAAAUGGAUUAGAAUUAAUUCAAGCACUUGAACAAGUUAAAAAAAUAAGAUUAGAAUUUGAACAAGCUGAAGAACUAAUACAAGAAGCACUUACACCUGAACAAACUAAAAAAAAAAUAUUAGAAUUAAUACAAGCAAUUGAACAAGUUAAAAAAGAAAGUUUAGAAUUAAUACAAGAAGCACAUAAACAAGCUGAAAAAAAAAAAUUAGAAUUAAUACAAUUAAUACAAGAAGUACGUGAACAAGCUGGAAAAAAAAGAUUAGAAUUAAUAAAAGCAGCACAUGAACAAGCUGAAAAAAGCAUAUUAGAAAUAAUACAAGCACAUAAACAAGCUGAAAAAAAAGGUUUAGAAUUAAUACAAGAAGUACAUGAACAAGCUGAAAAAAAAGAAUUAGAAUUAAAACAAGAAGCACUUGAGCAAGCUGAAAAAAAAAGAUUGGAAUUAAUACAAUUAAAGAAACUUGGACCCGAAUUUAGUGAAAAACCUCAUCCAAAAGCAAUUUAUACAAGUAGAGCAUUAAGUUCAUUGAUUUCUAAAUCUUCUAUAGAUUUUUCUUCAAUUAAUUCAGUUAAUAUUAAACAAGAGUAUAUUACAAAAGAAUAUGAACUUGAUAUAAAUAAAGUUCAAAGUUCAUCCACUCAAAAUAUAAAUUCUUCCGUUCAAGUCUCUAAUUUUCAGCAUCAAAAUGUUAGUGGACCUAGUGGACUAUUGAAUAAUUUGAUAUCAACUGUAAUUACAAAUUCUUCAAGAAAGCGAAAUAUUGAAGAAUUAGAGAUUGAAACACAAAAAAGUAAAAAAAAUAGAGAAAGAUAUUAA